AAGAAAUCAUAUUUGGAUUGAUUAGGUAACAAAAUUARAAAAUCUGAAAAUUUUUGGUGGUACGAUAAUUUAAUGUAUGUAUUAAAAUAUUUAAUAAAUUAAACCCAAGGAUGAAUGUACAGAUUGAUGACGUGCGAGACUUUGAGUCCACCCCAAGCAAUGAAGGCAAUUUUUGACUCUCCAAAAUUGAAAAUUCGGAUGCGGUUUCUCCUCUCUCUCUAUAAAUAUUAAAUUGGAAUUCCCCCACUGAAAUCUCUAAGUCGGCAGCCAUGGCAGUGACUCUCCGGCCGCUGGAUCUGACCGACAUCGACGAUUUCAUGGUGUGGGCGUCGGACGAGAAGGUGGCUCGAUUCUGCUCGUGGGAGCCCUACACGGACAAAUCAGACGCUCUAAAGUUCAUCAAAGACAAAGUCCUGCCGCACCCGUGGUACCGGGCGAUCUGCGUCGACGGCCGGCCGGUCGGAGCGAUUAUGGUAUCGCCGAAUUCGGCGGCCAGGGACCGGUGCAGAGAGGAGCUAGGGUACGUAUUGGGCUCCAAAUUUUGGGGGAAAGGGAUCGCGACGGUGGCGGUGAAAUUGGUGGCGGAGAGGAUUUUCGAGGAGCGGCCGGGAUUGGAGAGGCUGGAAGCGCUGGUGGAUGUGGAGAAUUUGGCGUCUCAGAGAGUGGUGGAGAAGGCCGGUUUUCACAGAGAAGGUGUUCUCAGAAAGUAUGGAGUAUUGAAGGGCAAAACCAGGGAUUUUGUUAUGUUCAGUCUUCUUUCUACUCAUCUUCAUUCCAAAACUGAUGAACAACUGUGAUGAGUCCAAUUUCCGAAUCGCUUGAAUUCGAAACUGAAAUUUCGGUUGUACUCCAAAAAAAAAAAACAAAGAAGACUGAAAUUUCUCAUGUUAUAUACCAAAUUUCCGGAAAAAUAAAAAUAAAUAAAUAAUGGAUAACGCUCUCUUUUUUAA